GGAAGCGUUCCACUAAUACACCUGAAUGUCCUGGAGACCACAGAGGAAGGUAAACGUAAGGACCACAUCCGAGGAAACAUCUAAGCAGCUGAAGGGAUCGUACUUUAUAGGUUCCUCUGGCAGCACCAUGAGGAGAUCGUGGUCAGAGGUUCUCCUGUUCGUCUUGUGUUUUCUUCUCCUCCUCCUGUGUGUUGGACUCCUGGCUGUGUCCUGGCUCAGCCUGCGACCGGAUGAUAGAUCGCCGUUGGAGGGUCGCUUGACGAUCACAGAAGGAGUCAUCUUCACUGACGACUUGAAGAACUCCUCUAGUCUUCAGUUUAAGGCCCUGGCCUUCGACAUCCAGCUCCUGGUGUCAGACGCCUUGUGGAGCAACGGAGACUACGCAUCCUGCCAGGUCACGACCUUCAGCAGGGGGAGUGUCUUGGUGACCUUUGACCUUUGGUUCCAUGGACCUGUCACAGCCCAGCAGGUGCAGCAGGAGCUGAGGGCGGGGCUUCAGAGCCCUGGCCCUAUGGUGAUUGACAGCAGCAGCAUCCAAAUUACAGAGAGAGAAGAGGAGACCACAGCUCUGCCUACGCCAGGAAGCAGUUCAACGACGUCUGCGUGGGGGUGCCCCUCCGCCCAGAGGGCCUGUGGAGAUCUGGCCCUCUGUGUCCCAGAUGUCUUAUUUUGCGAUGGACUGCAGAACUGUCCCAAUGGCUUUGAUGAAGAGCAAGAAGUCUGCGCAACAGCAUGUGAUGGACAGUUUCUCCUGACGGGACCAACUGGAUCCUUCCACGCAGAGUCGUACGAUAGCAAUACUCAGUGCCGCUGGGUUAUACGGGUAGAGAAGGGCUUGUCCGUAGAGAUCAGCUUCCAGGGGUUUGAGACUGAAGAGGAAACCGACGCACUGAGUCUCUAUGAGGGCGUUGGGACGGAAAAGCGUCUUGUAUCUGUGCUGUCAGGCUCCGCCCCCCCAGGAAAUGUGUGGCUUCUUCAGGACCAAUCAACUGUUCUGUUUACUUCUGAUGAGUACAACAACCUGCCAGGGUUCAGAGCCACAUACAAGGCUGCCAAAACCUCCGACCUCAGCGAUGAGCAGAAGCUCACCUGUUCCUUUGAGCAAGGCAUGUGUUUCUGGAGGCAGAACCCAGCAGAGGGCAACACCUGGAUUCGAACCAGCGGCCAAACCUUCCCCCCCCUGACUGGACCCAGCUCCGACCACACCCUUGGCAACUACUCAGGUUAUUACCUUGUGACGCCAAGGAGUCCGAGCCAAUUAGAGAGCAGUUACUACAUCUACAGUCUUCCCUUGACUCCGCCCCCUCAACCCAUUUGUCUCAAAUUCUGGUACCACAUGCUUGGUGAACAUGUAUAUAGGUUGAGGGUGCUACUCAGUGAGCUGCCAUCAUCUAAACCAAACAUUAUGGCAUCCUCCACUAUUGUGUUCCAAAGAGACGGUAACUAUGGAGACAACUGGAACCUGGGUCAGGUGACCCUUAACCUAACAAUGGAAACCAUGGUCGUGUUCGAGGCGCUGAAGCGAGGCGGCAUGAGGAAUGACAUUGCUCUAGAUGACAUCAUCCUGACCAGCGGCCCCUGUGGGGAGGCCCCGCCUGAACCAACCAACGUCCCUCCACCAACUACACCACCCGUCAUCCCUGCUGACUGCGGGGGACCCUUUGACCUCUGGGAGCCCAACUCCACCUUCAGCUCUCCAAACUUCCCUCACAGUUACGGGAACAAAGCCAACUGCCUGUGGACGCUCCAUGCCAGAGAAGGAUGGAACAUCCAACUCCAUUUCCUACACUUUGAUGUGGAGGCCACCUACGACGUGGUAGAGGUCCGAGAUGGGUCGGGGUCGGACUCUAGGCUCCUAGGAGUCUUUACAGGCACCGGCAGACCCGACCCCGACCUGGUCUCCACAACCAAUCAGGUGACAGUGAGGUUCGUGACAAACAGCAGAGGAGCGGGUGGAGGGUUCCAAGCCAACUUCACCUCCGGGUUGAACAUCGGCUCUCCAGAGCCAUGUGAGGAAGGCCAGUACCAGUGUCUCCUAGGCGACUGUAUCCAUGGUAAAGCUCUUUGUAAUGGUGUAGUCGACUGCCCUGACGCCUCCGAUGAAGCAGACUGCGUGCACAUGCCAGUGUUUAACACAACAAGGCGUCUUCAAAUCCAGGACCAGGACAUCAACUACACGGUUUGCUCUCGGGACUGGAGCCAACACCUGUCAGACUUCACCUGCUCCUACUUGGGGCACAGGUCGGGCCAAGCCGUCUCGGUACCAGCAGUGAGGGAGGAUUCCCCGUUUGUCAGCAUCAACAUCAAGCCCAACAAAACACUGGAGCUUAACAUGAGUGAAACCUGUGUUGGAGAGGAGGUCAUUUCACUGAGAUGUGGGAACCAACCUUGUGGUGUUCGUCUGGUACCGACCACAACCCCUCACAUACCGUUGGAGACACAGGACACAGCAGACCAACAGGUCGGUCAAGCAAGUGUCAGAGUGGUGGGAGGGGUCGAUGCGUUGAAGGGGGCGUGGCCAUGGAUCGUCUCUCUUCAUUGGCGGAACCGGCAUAUCUGUGGAGCCACGCUGAUCGACCCCCAUUGGCUGGUUACCGCAGCUCACUGCGUCUACGGGAAGAAUAUCCACGUGAACCUGUGGAGUGCCGUGCUGGGCCUGCAUAGCCAGGGAGAUCAGAGCUCCCCUGACGUCCAGCCCAGAGGAGUGGACCAGAUCAUCAUCAAUAACCAGUACAACAAACUCACCAAGCAGGCCGAUAUCGCCAUGAUGCAUCUCGAGACUCCAGUCAACCUAACUCAUGUGGUGCAGCCAGCGUGUCUCCCAGAAGGGGAGGAACCCCCAGCAGGGAGGAAGUGUUUCAUCGCUGGGUGGGGGUACGAGGCUGAGCAAGGUUCCCCUGUGAAUGUUCUCCAGGAGGCCCAGGUUCCGCUGAUGGACAGGAAGCAGUGCCAGCAGCAACUUCCUGAGUAUAACAUCACUUCCUCCAUGCUGUGCGCCGGCUUUCCUGAAGGGGGGGUGGACUCCUGUCAGGGCGACUCUGGAGGGCCGCUCAUAUGUGAAGAAGAUAAUCACUGGGUCCUAACAGGCGUGACUUCGUUCGGUGUGGGCUGUGGACGGCCCGGGCGCCCUGGGGUCUAUGCCCGGGUCUCCGCCUUCACUCCCUGGGUCGCCCGCACCAGGCGCUCCCGCCUGCCAGCAGUGACAUCACUUCCUGUCACCCGGGACCGAUCCUAGAUAAGUGACAUCGGCCCACCACCUCCAAGGAACUUUUUGAAGAGUGGUACCCCCAGCCCCUCAUUUAAAGACACACAUGUUCAAGCUCUGCAGAAUCACAGCCUGAUUUUAUGUGUUGUGAGCAGGCUGGUUGCUGAUGAAGUCAUGGGGAGCGUACCUAUGUUCCCCGGGUCCUAUGUUCCCCGGGUCCAAUGUUCCUCGCUUUGUAUGUGACCGGGGACAAGGACCCUGUGAGCAAAUCUAUUUUUCGUAGGAUGGUAAGUGCAAGUACCGCUUUUUUCGCCUCAAAUUCGCCUGUGAUUGGUUAGAAUGGCUCUCCUCCGAUUGGUUAUGGUUAGCGUUAGGUUAAGGGCUAACCCUCACCCUAAACCCUAACCCUUACCCUAAACCUGACCCUAAUCCUUUGCACCCGGGGAACAAAGGACCUGGGGAACAUAGGGAUGACCCCAAGUCAUGCUAGCUGACUUAACAGAAACUGAUCUGACCGUUUGUACUGUGAUGUACUUCCUGGCCCAACAGCAACUGUUAUCUGCAUGAAAGAGUAGAGCCGGCAGCAUAUGGCUAACCCUAAAAUGUAGUAUGUUAAAGUCAUCACUAACAUGUACCAUGUUAGGUUAACGGUUAGGGCUAACCGUAAACCUAAUCCAAGAUUAGCGUUCACAUUAAGGGUCAACAUUUGAUCACGGUU